AUGGAGCAAUUUUCUCGGUAUCGUAGAGAAAGACCUUGGCUAGCCAACGAUCGCUACCUAACAUUGAAUUGUUCUCUCCUCCGAGCUCUAGCACUACGAUUAUGCACAACCCUCUACGGCAGCCCCAACCAUGCAUCCUGCGAGUAUUUAUUGCACGGCGAUGGCCUGUCCAGUGGCUACACCGGCAUCGGAAGUACCGACCGAAAAGACCAUCUCUUCGCACGACCUCUGACCUGGCGACCGCCAGACAUCACCAGUCUACAGUGGGACAACAGAUUGGCCCUGCCGAUCCUUCGAUCAAACGCUAAGUUGAUCCAACGAUGCCUUCACGGCCCCUACUGCGGCCAGCCCCAAGUCUUUUGCAAAAUGGCCCUACUGCCUCUACGGGACAAUUUCCAGCGACCCAAGCCACUACCUCGAUUAUGCCCGCACGGGCGACAUGAUCCAAAGAGCUUGCGUCUCAGCCCUAGCGGAGGCCACUCCCGCGCCGGCGACAACAACAACCGCCUCCUGCCCGUCCUCUACGCGCGCGACUCCGACUUCGACAACAGAGUCCGCCGGCAGAUCGCCCAUCCGUGGACUCGAAACCGCAGACGGCGACAUUGUCCCCGGCGCCAGGAGUGA